AGGAACAAGCAGCUGAAGCAUCCAGCACCGGUUAAUAACUUUUAAGGAUACUUUCCGUGCUAAAUAUCUGCUUUAUUUCAACCAGGUGUGAAGGAAAACAUCUUGCAAGUGCGUGGAGCAGAGCUGGAGUGGUGCUUGCUUUUCUUUGCUGCUUUUAACCGGGUGUGCUGUGUGUAGAUGUGUGACAGUGGAGUGUGUGAGGACAAGCCCCCCGCCCCCCCUGUCAGGAUGAGCAGCCAAGGAGGAGCCAAAGACCCUCAGUCAGCCAAUCACAACUCGCGCCCACUGCCCUCUGUGCCCGAGGAGAAGAAGCCCAGGAACAAAAUCAUCUCCAUGUUUGCGUCUGAAAAAGGUGCCAGAAAGAAGGACCGGGACAAGGACAGGCCUGAGAUCUCCUCUCCUUCAGAUUUUGAACACACCAUCCACGUGGGCUUUGAUUCUGUCACUGGAGAAUUCACGGGAAUGCCAGAGCAGUGGGCCCGGCUCCUUCAAACUUCCAACAUCAGCAAAUCGGAGCAAAAACAAAAUCCUCAGGCCGUCCUCGAUAUUCUCAAGUUCUACGACUCGACCAGUGGAAAGCAGAAGUACCUCAGUUUCUCCGCCUCUGAUAAGGACUCGCAGUCGCCUGGGAAACAGGGCGGCGGUAAAACAGGAGUUAAAGACGGAGACGAUGACGAUGACGAUGACACUCCUCCUCCGGUCGUGGCUCCGAGACCAGAACACACAAAAUCUAUGUACACGAGGUCCGUGAUAGACCCCAUCCCGGCUCCAGACAACGACGCAGCAUCAAAAGCUGCCGACAAAAAGAAAAACAAGGGAGGGAAGAUGACGGACGAGGAGAUCAUGGAGAAACUACGGACAAUUGUCAGUAUUGGAGAUCCUAAGAAGAAAUACACUAGAUAUGAAAAGAUUGGACAGGGGGCAUCUGGCACAGUUUACACAGCUAUAGAUGUUGCUACUGGACAAGAGGUGGCAAUCAAACAAAUCAACUUACAGAAGCAACCAAAGAAAGAAUUAAUUAUCAAUGAGAUUUUGGUGAUGAAGGAGAUGAAGAAUCCCAAUAUUGUAAACUUCUUAGACAGUUUCCUUGUAGGAGACGAGCUCUUUGUGGUGAUGGAGUAUUUGGCCGGAGGAUCGCUCACUGACGUCGUGACUGAAACCUGUAUGGACGAGGCACAGAUAGCAGCAGUUUGUCGAGAGGUCCUGCAAGCUCUAGAGUUUCUUCAUGCAAACCAAGUCAUCCACAGAGACAUCAAGAGUGACAAUGUGCUGCUAGGAAUGGAUGGAUCUGUCAAACUGACUGAUUUUGGCUUCUGCGCUCAGAUCACUCCAGAGCAGAGCAAACGCAGCACGAUGGUGGGCACGCCGUACUGGAUGGCCCCUGAAGUGGUCACCAGAAAAGCCUACGGACCCAAAGUGGACAUCUGGUCUCUGGGGAUCAUGGCCAUAGAGAUGGUGGAAGGAGAGCCCCCGUAUCUCAACGAAAACCCCCUCAGAGCAUUGUAUCUUAUUGCCACCAAUGGGACCCCCGAGCUCCAGAGUCCAGAGAAGCUGUCUCCUGUGUUCAGAUCGUUCCUGUCCCGCUGCCUGGAGAUGGACGUGGACAAGCGAGGGUCCGGGCGAGAACUACUGCAGCAUCCAUUCCUGAAGCUGGCCAAGCCUCUGUCCAGUCUCACUCCACUCAUCCUGGCCGCUAAAGAAGCCAUGAGGAGCAACCGCUAAACACAACCCUGAAAACACUCAAACUCUCGCUCCAGUCUGGUGUUUUUAUCUGAUUUUUUAAUGCAUUUUGGACAAUUGUUGCACACAUUUCUUCUCGUCAACUUCAAUCAAAUCCAGAUUUUUUUUUACCUUUUGUUUCUCACAUUUUGCCUGGGUCUUUUUCGGAGGGUCUUCAGAAACAUCUCAGAGACUGUCUGUUAACACACAUGAGAAUCAAACAUCUGCAACAGUGUUUUCUUUGUAGGAUUUUCAGUCAAUAUUCCUGACAAGACGUUUGAAGUUUACAAUGGUGCUCUCAGAGUCUUUUGACCCAGACCAGAGUUAUUCUUCAUGGACAAAAAGGAUCAUUGUGUGGACUUGACGACUGGAUCACAGCCUCUUCAAAACUGCAGCUUAUGUUCGUCUGGUGUGAAAUGAAACAAUAGAAGUUCAUAGUCAUGUGUUGCCAUCAAGCUUCAAACUGAUUUAUCGUCAGAAAUGUUGAAGAUUUACACAACAUUUUCUUUACAUUUAGACCGACUGGGCAGUAAAACAAAGAAUAGACUAAAUAAAUGCAUGUUUCUUGUUUGUUUUUUGUUUUAUUUCUCAAUUUGGUUGUAUUUAUCGCACUGAAACAAACGUGUCUUUACGUGAGCAGGCUUGCAUCUCCACAAACCUGACUUUCUUUGUCUCCUCCUGCUUGUUUCCAUGGAAAUGUUGCUCCUUUGGCAUUAAUCUUUGACAGUGUGGCAUGAAACAUAUCAAUCUCCAUGGAGAAUAUUCCAAAGUAUGAUUUUUUUUUUUUACUUUCUAUUUCCAUGGAAACACACAGACGACGUGCCGUGCCACCUCCAGAAAGUUACACACUGUAGCUUUAAGUGUCCAGUUUGAAUAUAGCCAAGUCAGUGGUGUUUUUAUUUGAUUAUCGCAGUUGAAUUUACAUAUCAUUUUAGAAUUAACGACAGCCUUAUGUGUUUCUGUCAGACCAAUACUGUCCCCUUCAGGCUCUUUCAAACUCUGCAUGUUUCUUUAAAGUGCUGCAUUUCUUCUUGUCACAUUGUUUUAUUGAAAAUAUUGAGACUUUUUUAUUUUAUUUGUUUUUUUUUGUAUUGUAAACAGAUUUUAUGUAUGUUUAUCUUUUUUAAUGUUUGUAAGUAUCAAAAACAACUCAACGUCUUUAGGAUCUGUUGAAGUUUUGUGCAAUCUUUAAACCAGGAACUGCAGACACUCAUAGUAUUUUCAAGCCACGGUCAAUUCAACAGUUGAAAUCUUUGCAUUACUGUGGACUGCCUCUCUCUUUGGCUGCUGAAACAACAACAUGCAUUCCAGUGAUUUCUGAGGGGUUUGUACAGCGACUAGUGCAAUGAGACAAAU